CCUCGGUCAAACUCUUUGCGAGUCUGUUAGUGAAGUGCGUGAAAGAUUAUCAAGUGUAGCAACUUUGCUCCAACUCAACAGUUAUCGUUUUCACCACAUCAAUUUCCAACUGGUCUGGAUCGUUUUCCCUGACUCCAAAGAUCAGUAAGGGAUUUCGUCGUGUUGUUGUCUCCAGUUAAUCGGUUUUUGCGGCCAGAUCGGUCUUCUGUUGUUUUUUUCAAUUUCCAGAUCACUUUUUACUCCUCAUGAUCGCCCUAGUAAAAGUAGACGUGCUUUAUCCGCGAUGCGAUUCAGAGGGCACUGCGCAAGUCGCCCUCUAGAUCAAACGGGUGUACGAGUCGACCGUCACCACUGGGUUGAUUGCUUCGCUGCUGCAACAGCCAUGCGUACGUUUCUGCUUCUGCAGCUGGCGAUCCUGGCGGUAACCGAUGGAACUAAAGGCAUCCAAGUACGUCCAGUGAAAUGUUGCGGGAAAUUUAGGAUGCUCUCUGGAGAUGGUAAAUCGUGCGUUGACACCGAUUGGCCACAAAACGUCUCCCAUCCGUUCCACGGCGAGAGUUACACCUUACAGCCGAUAGACCUCAAUUGGAUGCGACGAUGGCUGCCACCAGGAGUUCCACUUCAGAGCAUACGAAAAGUGUACUACAACAAGGAAUAUUACGUGAAUACUCUUCCUAACAUUGUGAAAGUUAACUCAUCUUCGGUGUGGGAUGCAGCACACCCUCCCAGGGAGAACAUCUGGAAAAGUCAGUUAGUAUUUUCCGAUCAAACCGCUAUUUUGAGGCCCAGGCCAGGUGGGGGAGUUAGAGAAGCCAUUUCAUCCUGUGUCGAUGCUGCGAUGCCCCCUCUAGGACCAUACGCAUUGCUUUUUGGGACCGUCUGUACGGAUAAUGAAUGCGCCACGAAGUGUUGCCGACGAGGGGAAACUCUUGUGAAAGUAGAUGAGACAUGGGUGUGUAAAAGGGACGAUGAAAACUUCUGGGAUCCGUUUAACUCUUCCUUUGCAAAAGAGAUUGAUGCGGAGUUUCCUAUACGUGUUUAUAUGCGGUGUCCAGACCUUCGUCUCACGGACUCUGCAAAACGUUCUCUGGAUUUCGCUCUCUCCCUGAAGAGCCAAUUUACUUUCUCCACAAGAAGGCCUUGCGUCGACUUCUACCGAAAGAACACCACCGUUCAAGAAGGCGUCUUCUACUGCGAAGACAUGCGCAUAGCAAGAGGUGUCUAUUGGCUGCUGCGACCGCUGUGCAUCACAUCGGUGUUGCUACUUCUCGUGUCGCUAGCAUCUAUCGCAUGCGAUAAGAGUAUGAGAAGCAAGGUUCACGGGCGGUGUUUGGCUCAUCAUGCUGCGUGUCUCUUGGCUUUCAACGUGGGCCAGGUUGUGUACUAUGUAGCAUUAAGUAACACUAUAGAUAGUAACCAGGAAGUACCGAAAGAUCUCAAGAAAAUGUGCACACAUUUUGGAAUAAAACUAUAUUUGUAUGAAGAAGCAAAUAAUUGUUCUUUACACAAGAAAAAUAAUAAUCGGAACAAAUUCGAAUUGCAGGUAUUUCGUACAAGUAGGAGCGGAAGAAAGAGAUUAGUUCUUUUUUCGGCCUUCUCGUGGGGGCUUCCCGCACUUCUGACAAUAGUAUAUUCCUACUUGUUCACUCCUAUGGAAUUUGGUUACUUGUCAAGUGAAGACAUACCGUGGCACAGACCUCAGCUAAUGGAAGCACGAGUGUGUUACUCAGAAACUCUUAUUGUAACUUUAGAUAAAGAUCAUAAACAACAAUAUAUUUCACUCAGAUAUGGCACAGCGAUUUUCUAUUACGGCCCAAUGGGAUGUCUGGUGUUGUGCAACUGCAUGUGCCUUGUGCUCGCUCUGACAAAGAUGCAGAAACUCAGGAGAGGGAACUCGAUUCUUCGCAAAGAUGAACGGAGAGCCCCGGGACAUCAUCAUGCGAAUGAGAAUACCCGUCCCCCAGCGUGCACUGCGAGUCCCGAUGGAAGAACGAACAAAGCCAGAAAUGGAGGGAGCAGUCGAACUGCUACAGACGCAAAAACGUAAGUGUUAAUUUACAAUUGACAUCCUUUUAUUCAUUAGAUCAAUAUAUAUUA